AUGCAGUCUAUCAAGCCAACUGGUACUCAGGCAUCACUGGACUUAUCCGUAUACCCCAAGUUGUCUGACGAACAAACUGGCCACCUUCGCUACUUCCAUAAUCUGUGCUCGGCCGCUGAUGGGAACUGGCCUCACAUGGGGGCACAGGAACCCGGCCAAGAAUUCCUCGAUGCCAACCGCUACCAGCUGGCAACCAUGGCAUACGCAACCGGGCUCACGCAUUACCACCGCCUUCCAGUUUUGCGCGGGCUCUUCAAGCCCCUUAUUCGUGGUCUGAUUCUCAAGAUGCUGCAGCGCGAACCGUGGGCCGACCUCAUUGUGCGUGAGAAUAUCAUGUACAGUGGGCAUUUGUUGUUGAUGACCAGUCUGUAUGUCAUGCUCUUUGACGACGACGAGUUUGAGCGCCCCGGCAGUUUGACGUUUAAUUGGGAUCCGAUAUUCUGGGGGAUGGGGCCUGAGUCUUUUAGUUACGACAAUCGAAGCCUUCAGAAAGCCAUUCUUGCGGAAAUGAGGCGGAAUGAUUGGGUUGGUGCUUGCUGUGAACCGAAUCUGGUCUUCAUUGUUUGCAAUCAGUUUCCGAUCAUCACUAUGCAUUACAAUGAUGUGCGAGAUGGAACCGAUGUAGUCAGUGGUGUUCUACAGAAAUACAGUGCUGCCCUGGAGAAGAAAAACAUGAUUUCGCGCGAUUUAUUCCAGGAUUGGGUGAGCGUUAAGCAGGGACGCACGGCACCUCCGAAGAGUGUUGGGCUAACUGCAUGGUCCGCUGCGUUUAUGAAUACCUGGAACUCAGAAGUUGUCCGCGCUGGUUUCACCAAGCAAUCCGUGGGCUUCAUUACCAAGAUUGACGGCCGAAAACUUUCGUCCGGGAAGGCGCUGCGAAAUGCCCGCGAAGUCGCAAAAUGGCUUUCGGAACUUGGUAAAAAGGAAGAGCUCGAGGAAUUGCUGACAAACGAUCAGGCCACGGACAGUCAAGGAUGCUGGACUCACAUGGAUCCAUUUUCUGGAAAUGCGGCCGUCGUUUACGCCAGACUGAACGUUGACGAUGGUCAAAAGAAGAUGUGGGGGCAGCCUUGGACGAAAGAAUAUCUGCAAACCCAGCCGUGGGUAGACGGACUGGAGUUCAACCAGGGGUUGGAUUGUUUGAGAGGGGUGUGGGAUGAACAGGCCAAAGCAAUGAUUAUCACGGUUCGAGAGUGGGCUAGCAGAGCCACUUAUGUAGGCUCCGCAGUCCAUGGUCUUCCUUCUGGAACGUGGACAGUGUACCUAAAAAAAGAUACAACACUAAAUUACGAAGUGCCCACCGGGGAAAAAGGUGUUGCCAUGGCGAUGGAAACAAUGGAGGCUGGAGAGGAGGUUGACUUUGUUAUCAUGAGAGAUGUGUGA